AGCCUCUUUGGAGAAGGAAGUUCAUCUUGUCAGCAGCCACUUGGUUUUUACUUACUGUACAUUUUGUCUGACAAAACUAACAAAAUGACAAAGAUUUUUUUUCUGGUGGCAUCUCUGUUAGUUUUGAGAAAUGUCUUUAUUCAUGCCUCGUUUACUCCCAGCCUCAUUAUUGAUAUGGCAAAAAUCAUUAUGGGCAACUACUGCUCACCAGAGAAGCUGGUGGGGAUGAAGGAGGCAAUUGAAGCAGCAAGCAGCAACACGGAGGUUAUCGAUAUCCCAGAUGCUGAAACCCUGGCUAAUGUCCUCAGCGCGGGGUUUCAGACCAUAAUCAAAGACCAACGCCUGAGGAUUUCCUAUGAGCCGAACUACAUCCCUGCAGUUUCCCCAAAGAUGCCACCCUUGCCCCCUGAGCAGCUCAUUGCUGUCCUCCAGACCUCCAUCAAGCUUGACAUCCUGGAGGGAAACAUUGGUUACCUGCGGAUCGAUCAUAUCCUUGGGGAGGAGGCUGUUGACAAGGUUGGCCCUUUACUCCUAGACCUGAUCUGGAGUAAAAUCCUACCAACUUCAGCUCUGAUCUUUGACUUGCGCUACACUGGCAGUGGGGACAUCUCAGGAAUCCCCUACAUUGUGUCCUACUUCACUGAAGCUGAGCCUCUGAUUCACAUUGACAGUGUGUAUGACCGUCCCUCAGACACCACCACUAAGCUGUUUUCUAUGUCCACACUGCUGGGGGAGAGAUAUGGCAUAACCAAACCUCUAAUCAUCCUCACAAGCAAAAACACCAAGGGCAUUGCUGAGGACGUUGCCUACUGCCUCCAGAACCUGAAGAGGGCCACCACUGUGGGCGAGAAAACUGCCGGAGGUUCAGUGAAAAUCAGCAAAAUCAAAGUAGGAGACACUGACUUCUAUGUUACAGUGCCAACUGCAAAGUCCAUCAACCCCAUCACCGGCUCCACCUGGGAGGUUACAGGUGUGACCCCUGAUGUGGAGGUCAACGCUGAGGAUGCCCUUGCCACUGCCAUCAAGAUUGCCAACCUCCGUGUCCAAGUGCCAGCCAUCAUUGAGGGAUCAGCGACCUUGAUUGCUGACAACUAUGCCUUUGAAAAUAUAGGGGCUGAUGUUGCAGAAAAGUUGAAAGGGCUCCUGGCAAAAGGUUACUACAAUAUGGUUGUCUCCAAGGACAGUCUAGAGGCGAAGCUGUCCACUGACUUGAAGACCUUUUCUGGUGAUAAGAGCCUGAAGACUACCAGCAACACCCCACCCCUGCCACCUAUGAAUUACUCUCCAGAGAUGUACAUUGAGCUGAUCAAAGUCUCCUUCCACACCGACAUAUUCGAGAACAAUGUUGGCUAUUUGCGUUUUGACAUGUUUGGAGACUUUGAAGAGGUCAAAGCCAUUGCUCAAAUUAUUGUUGAGCACGUGUGGAACAAAGUUGUCAACACUGAUGCCCUGAUUAUCGACCUCAGGAACAACCUUGGUGGCCCUACGACAGCCAUCGCAGGCUUCUGCUCUUACUUCUUUGAUGCUGACAAGCAGAUUGUGUUGGACAAGCUGUACGACAGACCAUCAGGCACCAUUACAGAGCUCCGGACACUGCCUGAUCUCACUGGCACAAGGUAUGGCUCCAAAAAGAGCCUCAUCAUCCUGACCAGCGGAGCAACUGCCGGCGCUGCAGAGGAGUUUGUUUACAUCAUGAAGAAGUUUGGCCGUGCUAUGAUCAUCGGAGAGACCACAGCUGGGGCCUCCCACCCACCCAGGAUCUUCCGUGUUGGUGAAACCAACAUCUUCCUCAGCAUCCCCACCGUCCACUCUGACACUACUGCUGGGCCCACCUGGGAGGGGGCUGGCAUCACACCUCACAUACCUGUCUCAGCUGAUGCCGCCCUUGAGACUGCCAAGGGCAUCUUUAACAAACACAUUGCAGAACAGAAGCAAACUACAUCCUGAACAAAUCCAAGUCACCUUUGCUUUGGUAGCCGAAUGAUUUCAAAUGGUUAGAAUCUAGAUUUGUUAAAGAGGUGAAGAAUGUAGUUUGAGUAUAAUGUACAAAGUGUAAUCUGUUAAUAAUUUUCUCAAAACCUGAGCCUUUUUAGUUAGUUUGUAAUGUAGAGAAAAGUUUCAACAAGAUUUACUUAUGACUUUUAUUUUUGUCAAAUGGUACUUGGGCUGUCAUAGGUUAUCAGAAUGAAUGGUGCUGAUGGCCAGCACAAAUGUUUUGUGGGUAUGCACUGUAUAGGUCUACAUUUGUGUCAAAGAUGAGUUGCAACAUCAAGACAACAUUCAGAAAUAACAUUUUUGACAGGUCAUACGCAAAGAAAAGAGACUAAUUGAAUAAAUACCCAUUAAAUAACUUCAAACUAAGUUUGAAAUUCAUAUAUUAUGUAGGAUAUUUGGAACUGGGACAUCUGUAAAGUAAUUUGCUUGAUACUCUGGUAAAAAAAUUAUAACAUGUGAUGUCCUAAUUGUUUAUAUGAAAUGUUUUAUGGUCAUUUGGACAUACUCAGGUUGUAUCAAUUCCAGUGGUGAGACACAAUAAAAAAGGCAAUGUAAAUAUACAACUGAGUGUGUGUUGGUCAUGUUUGCAGCAACACAUGAAGCAUCAAACAGACAAAAAUGUGUUUUAACAUUACAAAAAUGGUAGCAUUAGUUCACCAACAAUAGAGUAAAAUGUGGACUUCCUUACUGAGACCACAAUAGACAAUGCUGUGGUCUAAGUAUUGAAGGAAUCAGCUAACAGAAAAGCCACAGAGGGUUUGAUUAAGACUGAAAAUGAGAAGUACAAUAAAGGCAAUCUGCAAGUACAAGUAAAAUCUAAGGGGCUGUUACACAGCUGAAUACUGAACACCCACACAAACAUGUAACCAGAUUAUUUUAGUCUAUUACAUCUCAAGUCUUUAAAAUGAAAUUUCUUUGAAUUUCAAUUCACUUUUCUCUUAAAGGAUACUGACUGUGAGAAGAAUCGGUUUUUUAGAAUACAGGCAGGCUAGUACUGUUUUUAUUUCUCAGUGAAUGGGUAUAUACAGUCAUUUGAGCUUUAAUGAGAGUGUUGUAUAUGAGUGGAUGUAUUUGUAAAAAUGAGUGGAUGCGAGACCUUGGAAGAGAGCAGGGCUCUAGGAAGCACUGGACUUCUAUUUGUAAACCACAAUGUUUACAGAAGGGAUCAGUUAAAUGGGGAUAAGUCAGCCCACAUCAACAUGUGUUAAGACUUUAAACAGGGGCCAAAGGGUUAGGGGGUCAUAAUGUAGAGAUGCAGUAGGGGAAAGGGGGUCUGAAGCUUAAAGCUCCAUAACAACGUGAAAAAAACUUCAGGCUGAUACUCACUUUAGGAAACCGUUUGUCUGCCUGGUUUGUGUAGAAGUGACAGGACAGCAGAUUACAGUUCAUUUAUACAAAUAUUUCUCAGACAAAGAGUGGCUCUGGAGGAAGGAACAUCAGUAAAUGGAGCCAAAUAAAAUAAGGACUUUUUUCUGGCCAUCUUUAUAACAAAUUCCUGUGAAAGCUGAAAGUAAAUACUAAGAAUUUAUAUUCUGAAGUGUAUCACUAGUACUAAAUGACACUUUCUCAUCACUUUGUCUAGUGACUUUUACAAACUGUGGAACUCAUUGUCAUGUUUUUGUCAUGUUUCAAAACCUACAUUUUAAUAUUGCAAUAUAAAAUGUAACACUUUACUUAAAUGUAGGCCACAUUUUACACUAAGACACCAAAAACGCAAUAUUUGCUCAAAACAAACCAUAUAUUCAGCAACUAAAUUUUCCUACUUUCCAGUUUUAAAGCAUUACAACUGUAGGAAAAGCUAAAGCUAGAUAUUGUGUUACUACUCUGGCCCCUAACAUAAACACCACUAGACAAGCUGGAUCCAUACGCUUAAUAUAGAGCAUAACAUUUCAAGAAAAAUAUAUGUAAAUGUAAGCUACACCUUUGUUUAGAGUGAAAAGACUAACGCUGCUGUCUUAAACACUGAUAUGACAUAGGUCCCAUAAUAAUCAUCCCAUUCUGCCUGAUUCCCCACAAAACACGUCAGUGUGCCACGUGAGGGACGCACUUCUUG